AUGUCUUCUCUCAAGAAGAGCGUCAUGGGCAUUUUCGACCGCUGGAAAGCUUCCACAUGCAAGGCUAACCUGCAGCUGGCGGGCAAACGGUGCACACUACAGCGGAACAAAGUGAUAAAGUCUCAGCGGGUGGCAGAGCGUGAGAUAGCGGAGAUGCUCCGACAGGGGCGAGAGGAAAAGGCUCGGAUUAAGGCUGAGCAGUUGAUCGCUAAUCAGAAAUUAGAGAGCGCCUAUGAUAUCCUGGAAACGCACUGUGAGCUGCUUUAUACGAGAAUCCAAUACAUCGAUCAGUCGAAGGAAUGCCCGCCCGACCUUAUCUGUCCGGUCGCCACGUUAAUCUAUGCGGAGAAGCGGUUGACGGUUCCAGAGAUGGCCAACUGUGUGAGGCAGUUCGACUUGAAAUACGGUCGUACUUGGUGCCAACAACAUAUAGAUAAUUCCACUCAAGAUGUAGCUCCAAAGCUUGUGGGCCUUCUGACCAUAGCACCGCCGAGCGAGAAUAUGGUGCUAGAUGCAUUAGAAGAGAUAGCCACCAAGUUUGAUGUGGAAUGGGAGCGUCCGCCAAGUAUUGAGGAGAAGUUAGCUGCGGCUCCUGGAACGUUGAAUGUCUCGGUCUUGCCUCCCUCCCCGAUAUCAACGACCCCGCUCGCGAAUAUUACGCAGAAUCAACAGCAGGUCUCUCCUAGUGCGAGUGAACCUACUGUUUUACCGGAGUCGGCUUCGAGCCCGGAAAAGGACACUAGCGGUUUUGUGGCGAAUCCAGAAUUGGACGAAAUUGAAUUUGACGACUUGGCAAAAGAGCAGGAUUCCAUUAGCAAAACACACUCCGAGCCCGCGGGGCACGCCUCACCAGGUAAGGCCCCGUCAGAGACCAGCUCGCAUGGUGCUUCACGUCGUACGAGUUCCCGGCCCAGCAUUCCCAGCCCGUCCCCUUUCGCGCCGCCUUUGCCUCCGUCACUCCGUAAGAAAAUACCAGGCGAGGACGAGGAGGAGGAGAAUGAUGUGUUUCGGCCGGCUCGGACAUCGGUCAAUAGCAACAGGAAACCAAGCCCGUCACGUGUGACGAGUGGACCGGGGCGGUUGUCUGCCGACAAGAAAAGCGAAGGAGAGAACGAGGACGCUGAAUUUGACGAGCUCCUGCAGAGAUUUAAUAAACUGAAGGAUUCAUAG